AUGAGCGACUUCUACGGCGACUCGAGGUAUUCGGCGGGCUAUGAGAAGCAGUCGGAACGGUCACGAUGGACGCCACUCACGAGGAUGUUGUUGUCGGGUGAGAUGACGCAGGAGAGGCAAAAGGAGCUGUCAUCAAGAGAAAAGUUCGACCGGUGGAUGGUCAACGAGGGUUACCGAAGAUUUUUCGUCUUCGUCUUCGCUGUUCUACAUGCCAUGGUGUUCGCUUUUGGCUUCGUCAAUUACGCCGUGAAGGACAACCUGCAAGUUGCUCGAGAUACCUUUGGGCCAACUUAUAUGAUCGCUCGUGCCGCGGCUUUGGUACUCCAUUUCGAUGUGGCGAUGAUCCUGUUCCCGGUGUGCAGGACGUUCAUCUCCCUGGCGCGUCAAACGCCACUGAACGGUAUCAUCCAGUUCGACAAGAACAUCACAUUUCACAUCACGACCGCAUGGUCCAUCUUCUUUUUCAGCUGGGUCCACACCAUUGCUCACUGGAACAACUUUGCUCAAAUUGCCGCCAAGAACAAUCUCGGUAUCUACGGUUUCCUGCUGGCAAACCUGGUGUCCGGUCCUGGCUGGACUGGCUACAUCAUGCUGAUUGCUCUGACUGGCAUGGUGAUCACCAGCGUGGAGAAGACACGUCGGGCCAAUUAUGAGCGAUUCUGGUACACCCACCACAUGUUCGUCAUAUUCUUCCUGUUCUGGUCCUUCCACGGAGCCUUCUGUAUGAUCCAGCCGGACGUGGCUCCAUUCUGUAUCUCAGUGGGCACACAGGCCAUCGGUGUCUUCUGGCAGUACUGGAUGUAUGGAGGCUUCAUCUACCUUGCCGAGCGUGUCGCCCGUGAGAUGAGAGGACGACACAAGACCUACAUCUCGAAGGUUGUGCAGCACCCCAGCAACGUUUGCGAGAUCCAAAUCAAGAAGGAGAACACCAAGACGCGCGCUGGCCAGUACAUCUUCUUCAGCUGCCCAGAGGUCUCAAUCUGGCAGUACCACCCUUUCACCCUCACUAGCGCUCCGGAGGAGGACUAUAUCUCGAUUCACAUGCGUGUGGUCGGUGACUUCACCCGCGAGGUGUCGAAGGCAUUGGGUUGCGAGUGGGACAAGAAGGACAAGGGUUCCAACGUGGUUGGUGUCAAUAGCGACAACAGCGACGUCGACCCGGCCCUCCGCCGAGUGCUUCCCCGAGUUUACGUCGACGGCCCCUUCGGCUCCGCAUCCGAAGACGUGUUCAAGUAUGAGAUCUCAGUUCUUGUCGGUGCCGGUAUUGGUGUGACGCCAUUUGCCUCCAUCCUCAAGUCUAUCUGGUACCGCAUGAACUACCCUCAGACCAAGACCCGUCUGGCCAAGGUGUACUUCUUCUGGGUCUGCCGUGACUUCGGCUCAUUUGAGUGGUUCCGGUCUCUGCUUCUGGCCAUUGAGGCCCAGGACGUCGACCAACGCAUCGAGAUUCACACAUAUCUCACGGCCAAGAUCAAGGCGGAUGAUGCGACAAACAUCAUGAUCAACGACGCCAACGCCGACAAGGACGCUAUCACCGGUCUGCGUGCCCCGACAAACUUCGGCCGGCCCAACUGGGAUAUGAUCUUCAGAGGUAUCAGGAAGUUGCACGCGCCAGCUGAGGCAGGUGUGUUCUUCUGUGGUCCCAAGGGUCUGGGUAGCUCGUUGCACAUUUACUGCAACAAGUACAGCGAACCUGGAUUUGCAUUUGUAUGGGGCAAAGAGAAUUUCUAG